GACUUACCUUGAUUAAAGGACUGUCCCAUUUAGAAAACUGGGUAGAAGUGUAAUAUUGGGUUUAAAUUGUAAAUAUAAACAGGAAAGGUAUUUUGGAGCAUAUCUGGAUCAUAUAUAAAGUUACACAAACUGACCUAAUUGUGGACUAAAUGGUGAAAAAUGGCUGACGAUCGAGUAAAAUGAAACUAUUAAAUGUAAAUUGGCGUUGUGUCACACUUUUACCUGCUUAUUCCUGAUAUAUGAUGAGUAAAGAUAAAGUGUAAUAUUUUCUAUAGCUGGAGAUAUUAAUAUUUCUACAGAUAUAUGUACCAUGGAAAUGUUACAAAAGCUGCUGCUAAUUGUUGCCAUAGUGACCCAGAUGAGUACAUGGUUGGUGUAUACAUGUCCUACAAACUGUAACUGCGCACAGUACAGAACUGUAACAUGUUCUCAAGUGUCCUCCCUGAAGAACAUUGGCCCUGAUAUACCCAAAGACACAAACAAGUUCGAGGUGAGGGAAGGCCAGUUUUACAAUCUACAGGAGUCCGAUUUUGCAGACAUGCCAGCGAGCAGUUUUCUGCAGCUUAAAUUAACAAAUGGCCAAUUGACUGAUAUACAACAAUAUACAUUUAAAGCCAUGACUAGGUUGCAAAUUUUGGAUUUAUCAAACAAUGCUCUUCAACAAAUAUCAAGUCCGGACCUAUUCAAGCCACUAUCCUACUUACAACUUGUGGAUUUAAGUGGCAACAGACUAAACGAUUUGCCAAGUGGAUUAUUUGCUUCUCAGUCAAACCUUCAAGAACUUAGAAUCGCCGGAAACACAAAUAUCAGAAAUCUUCGAGGACCAUCAUUCCAGGGUGUGACAAGCCUUGUUAAAUUGCUAGCCAGUGGAUGCAGCAUUAGUACACUAGAAAACGACUUAUUUUCUGCAAUCAGCUCAAUACGUACUCUGGAUCUUUCAUACAACCAAAUAAAAUCACUCCCAAAUACAGACAGUUUUCGAUUACUGCAGAAGCUGCAAAAUUUGACUCUUCAAGGAAAUCAAAUAUCAGCUCUAAAUGAUGGCCAGUUUGCUGGUAUGGAUCUGGAUACUCUGGACUUAUCAAAGAACUUAAUCGCAACAAUAAGCCCAAAUGCCUUCAUGUACCUAAGUGGUGUUGGUAAUCUCGACUUGUCUGGCAACAGAAUUCACAGUCUUCCAGCUUACGUUUUUCAGCCAAUAUCUUCAAAAGUUUACAAUUUGAAGUUAAAUAACAAUCAUGUACUUAUAAAUCUUCCGCCGGAAAUUUUUAACGGAAUGCAUAAAAUGAACACCCUGAAUUUAUCUUCUUGUGCCAUUAAGCUACUGAGUGAGGAACAUUUUCAGCAAGUUCCUAGUUUACGGCAGAUCGAUUUAUCAAAUAACUGGCUCAAAUAUCUUCCGCAGAGUUUUUUUGACAAGGCAAUGUAUAUGCAGCAUGUGAAACUAGCAAAUAACCCAUGGAAUUGCGACUGUUUGAUCAAACCAUUACAUAAUUGGUUGCAGAAUCCACAAAGUUCUAAUAUUAUUUAUUGCACUGAAGUGCCAGAAAUGGGAUUUAGAGGAAAUUGCCAGUCACCUAAGUGUUCCUCACCACAAAACCUCGUCAACCGUGAUAUUUCCAGACUUUUGCCAAAUGACAUUGAAGACUGUAUUAAAACUGGAACAAGUUCAUCUGCACCCGUUGGUAUUAUUGUUGGAGUUUUAGCUGGAUUAGUUGUUGUGGUAAUCAUCAUUUUAAUUGUUGCCUGUUACUUAUACAGAAGACACAAACGAGGUGAUCCCCUUAUAUGUUAUGAACCCGCAAAGGACGAGGAAGUUGAAAAAAAGAAGAAAAAGAAGCAUAGAGAAUUAAAAGCUGUACAAGGGGUUAGAAAAUUGAGUCGAGAACCAAAAGGGGGACGUGGCGAUCGUGAUUAUUAUCGUGAAAAGAAAGAAAAUCGUAAAAUAGAUGCUGAAUCAAGUUCACUGAAUGAAUCUGAUAAAAGCUUUGUUGUUAGAAACUUUUUUCAUUCUAUGAUGCCAGACCCUGACGGGCAUUCGGAAGGUACCCACUCGCAAUCAAUGGCACGUAAAGACUCAAUAGACAGUUUAUCACAAUCAGGAUAUGGUUAUAACUCGCGGCCAGGAUCGCGGCAUUCUAGCCAAUAUAGUCUUAAUGCAGGAUAUAAAAUUGAAUCAGCAGUAUAGGAAAAGUCUUUUGUAUACGCCAUAAUUAGAAAUACCAGUAUUUAAGCUGUUACCUUAGGAAAUAUGAGCCGUGCCAUGAGAAAAUCAACAUAAUGGGUUUGUGACCAGCAUGGAUCCAGACCAGCCUGCGCAUCCGCGCAGUCUGGUCAGGAUCCAUGCUGUUCGCUUAUGGUUUCUCUAAUAGCAAUAGGCUUUGAAAGUGAACAGCAUGGAUCCUGACCAGACUGCGUGGAUGUGCAGGCUGGUCUGGAUCCAUGCUGGUCGCAAACCCACUAUGUUGGUUUUCUCAUGGCACGGCUCAUAUUAUUCUUAAGCUUCUUUUCUAAUUCCUGACAAACUAUUCUAACAACUGGGCACUUUUGAAUAUUCUAGCAUAAAACUGCUGUUCUUGUCACUUUUUGGGGGUGUUAAAUUAACAGGAGAGAAAACAUGUGUUAACAGAGAGAUUCUCGCGCUCACGUGCUGUUAUAACACCUUUUUAUAUAUGCGCGUUCCGUGGCAGAGCGUUAACGCAUUACGGCCCCAAAACGGAUAAUUCAAAUGGAAAUGAUGUCAACAUGAAACAAGAGGACCAUGAUGGUCCUGAAUCGCUCACCUAUCCCCACAUGACCCAGUGUUGAACUGAGUAUGACGUCGUUAUUUCUAUUAUUUGACAAAGUGACCUAGUUUUUCAGCACAUGUGACAUAGAUAUCAUCAAGAUAAAAAAUUCUGACCAAUUUUCAUGAAGAUCCAUUGAAAAAUAUGGCCUCUAGAGAGGUCACAAAGUUUUUCUAUUAUCUGACCUAAUGACCUAGUUUUUGAAGGCACGUGACCCACUUUUAAACUUGACCUAGAUAUCAUCAAGGUGAACAUUCUCACCAAUUUUCAUGAAGAUCUCAUGAAAAAUAUGGCCUCUAGAGAGGUCACAAGGUUUUUCUAUUUUUCGACCUACUGACCUAGUUUUUGAAGGCACAUGACCCAGUUACGAACCUGACCUAGAUAUCAUCAAGCUGAACAGUCUCACCAAUUUUCAUGAAGAUCCAUUGAAAAAUAUCGCCUCUAGAGAGGUCACAAGGUUUUUCUAUUUUUAGACCUACUGACCUAGUUUUUGACCCCACGUGACCCAGUUUCAAACCUGACCUAGAUAUCAUCAAGAUGAACCUUCUGACCAAUAUUCAUGAAGAUCUCAUGAAAAAUAUGGCCUCUAGAGAGGUCACAAGGUUUUUCUAUUUUUAGAUCUACUGACCUAGUUUUUAACCCCACGUGACCCAGUUUCGAACUUGAUCUAGAUAUCAUCAAGGUUAACAUUCUGACCAAUUUUCAUGAAGAUCCAUUGAAAAAUAUGGCCUCUAGAGAGGUCACAAGGUUUUUCUAUUUUUAGAC